AUGCCGUUAUCGUUCGCGCCUUAUGCGCCACACAGAAUCUUCCGGUCCUUCCGUCUGUUGAUCGGCGUCGGGCUAUGUUUCACCUUGUUGCUCGUCUUCAGAUUGGGAGACCAGUCGGACCCAGGGGCACCUCGAUUUCCUCCGCAACAAUUGCCCGAUUUCAUCUGCCCGUGCAAUGAGACUAAGGAUGAUGAAAAUUACGAGCCCACAGCUUUUGCUUCGGACGAGAUCUUCACCGAGUCGAAGGCCCUCGUCUUGGUCGAAAGCAUCUAUUCGCGCCACAGCAAAAUAAUUACGCAGAUUCUAAAUGCAUCGAAGUAUCCCUACAAAAUGGAGGUUUUCGCGAAGAACUUGCCCUUAUUAACAACUCUCGAACGGGGACGCUUUUCGACGGUCAUCAUUGAAAGCUACCACAAGUAUUUGAAUAUGCCGAGAUGGAACCGCCAGAUAUUGGACAAGUAUUGUCGGGAAUACAAUGCUACGAUUGUCGGAAUUUUGACGAGUCGGCCGAACGACACGUUCAAGAGGGCGAAGCUCAAGGGAUCGAGUCUCAGCAUAUGGCAAAACCAACAGGCCACAUCCUUCACCUUUUCACCCUCAUCGCCUAUCCCUUAUAUCGCCAGGCCAAGUGUUCUGAUCAACAAUCCCGCCGAAGAGGCGGAUUGGGUCCUUUUCGAGGAGUCCGUCGGUUAUGAGACGGUCUUGGAAGGUGAGACAGGACAUCGGCGCGGUGCUGCUGUAAUUAGCGAUCUUGGCAACGACGAUGGGGUGCGGCGUAUACUAUUUGGCCAUAACAUCACGUCUUGGGUUACGCGCAUGGCAUUUCUGGAUUCACUGCGUUUCGCCACGCAGGGACGCUUUGGAUUCCCGCUUGAACGGUGGAUCCAGGUGGACAUUGACGAUAUCUUCGUCGGUGCGAAAGGCACACGAAUUGUGGCCGAGGACGUUGACGCCCUUAUCGAGUUCCAGGACUGGAUGCGCAGCGAGAUCUCCAACUUCACUUUUAUGCUCGGCUAUUCGGGCAGCUAUUUCCGGAACGGCAAUGAUGACGAGGAUCUCGGAGAUGAAAAGCUUAUAGAAAAUGGUGCCAAAUUCCAUUGGUUUUGUCACAUGUGGCGACACAAUCACGCUCAUGAUUACAACUACACCUACCUGGAGUCGGUGAUGAGCCAGAACAAGCAGUUUGCAGAGACUAUGAAGCUGCCGGUGCCAUUUCCAUACUCGAUCUCGCCGCAGCAUGCCGGCGUUUUCCCGGCCCACGCUCCACUAUAUGAUGCGUGGAAGAAGGUCUGGAAUGUUUCGGUGACGGCCACAGAAGAGUAUCCCCACCUACGCCCACCAUCUGAUCGCCGAGGCUUCAUCCACAAAGGCAUAAAGGUGCUCCCACGCCAAACAUGCGGUCUCUACACCCACACCCAAUUCUUCCACACCUAUCCGGAUGGGCUGGCCAAGCUCUUUGCUAACGUGUACGGUGGCGACCUCUUCUCGUCGGUGCUUUUGAACCCGAUAUCCAUCUUCAUGACGCAUCAACAAAAUUUCGCACAUGACCGUCUGGCCUUGUGGGUCUUCCGGAAUUUGGUCAAGUUUCUGAAGUGCCAUACCCGUCUGAAGCUCCGCUGGGCCGAUCCGAUCACAUCGGCCGAGCGAUAUUUCGCCAUGUUUCCGCAAGAAGUGACGCCAGUUUGGAGCCACCCGUGUGUGGAUCCAAGGCACAAAACCAUCCUGCCACCCGCCUUCAACUGCUCCAACAUCACCUUGCCGAACAUUCUGAUUGUCGGGCCGCAAAAGACAGGCUCAAGUGCCCUCGGAAACUUCCUGUCGCUCCAUCCUGAUGUCUCCUCGAACGUCCCCGUCAGCGACUCAUUCGAAGAACUCCAAUUCUUCGGCGGCCACCACUACGGAAAUGGGCUCGAAUGGUACAUCGACAAGUUCUCACCUUCACAAUUUGUUUUCGAAAAGAGCGCUACUUAUUUUGACAAUGCGUUGGCUCCUCGACAGGUGGCCGCGCUGAUCCCAAAUACGAAAAUUAUUGUUAUUUUAUAUGAUCCUGCACUUCGGGCAUACUCGUGGUUCCAGCACAUGUUGGCCCAUCGGGACCCAGCGGCUGUCGAGGCCCAGAAUCUCGAUGUCGUUCUAGAUGCAACAGUGGGCCCGAUGAAGAAAUUGAGGAGUCGUUGUGUAUCUGGAGGCAGAUAUGUACACCACAUUGAUCGUUGGCUCGAUUUCUUCCCGGCCUCCCAGCUUCUAUUCAUCGACGGCGAAAAUUUCAAGGAGCGCCCGCCCGAGAUUAUGAACAAGCUAAUUCUCGAUCUUGCCAUGCCGGCCUUUGACUAUCGCACCGUCUUGCGCUUCAGCCCCAGCAAAGGCUAUUGGUGCACCCUGACCCAGGGUAAAACCAAGUGCCUGGGGAAAAGCAAGGGCCGCCAUUAUGCCCCGAUGUCGGACGUGCUGCGGCAGAAGUUGAAUAGAAUAUUCCAUGCCGACAACCUUGCCCUACAAAAAUUACUUCAAAAAUGGCACAUCCCGCAGCCCGCCUGGUUGCGCGCCGCCUUAGAUGCUCAA